AUGGCUCCAAUCACUGUAGGAGAUGCGAUUCCAGAUGGUACCUUAGCCUAUCUCGAUGAAGAAAACAAACCCCAAUCCGUUUCAAUUCAUUCCCUCUCCGCCGGCAAAAAAGUCAUCAUCUUUGGUGUUCCCGGUGCUUUCACCCCCACUUGCAGUUUGAAGCAUGUGCCUGGAUUCAUUGAGAGAGCUGAAGAACUGAAAGGAAAGGGUGUUGAUGAAAUCAUCUGCAUCAGUGUGAAUGAUCCAUUUGUGUUGAAUUCAUGGGCCAAAACAUUCCCUGAGAACAAGCAUGUCAAGUUCCUUGCUGAUGGCUCAGCCAAAUACACUCAUGCUCUUGGAUUGGAGCUUGACCUCUCUGAGAAAGGCCUCGGCAUUCGCUCGAGGAGGUUUGCUCUUUUGGUGGAAGACUUGAAGGUGAAGGUUGCAAAUGUUGAAGGUGGAGGAGAAUUCACCAUUUCAAGUGCUGAAGAGAUCAUCAAGGCUCUUUGA